AUGCACCUGGCCGCAAUUGAGAACAAGAUUGACGUGCUUACAGUCCUGUUGGAACAGGAUCAGUCUUUGGAUUAUUUCAUCUCCACAACCACAGAUGCUGCUCCUCUUCUUUGUAUCGCAGCAUCUCAGGGCAAUGUUGGUGUUGCUCGAGAGCUUCUUAGACACUGUCCUGAUCCUCCCUACUGCGACGCAACGGGUUCGACAUGUCUUCACGUAGCUGUAUCAUUUGGUCAGGCAGAUUUUGUGAGGUUUGUAGUGAGGUCUCCCCAACUUGAGCAUCUUGUUAACUUGCCCGAUAACAAUGGAGAAACUGCUCUGCAACUCGCAGCCAGAAUCAAUGACACUAACAUGGUCGCUCUUUUACGGUUCCACCUUAAUUCAAGUAUCAACGCAGAGCCUUUCACAUCGGUACGUGAUGCCGGACCGACUCCUGGAAGCAGCAGUAUGUGGUCAUGUACUCAUGUAGCAGAAAUGAGGCACCUGUAUCUGAAUGUUCCGGCCGUGCUCGUUGGAACCACUCCUCAGGGUCCUCAGGGGAACACAUGCCUCCACAUCGCUGCCAUCCAUGGCCACGAGGUGUUCUGCAAGGAGGCCGAGGCUCUGAAGCCGUCACUCCUCGCCGCCGUCAACUCGGAUGGCGAGACCCCUCUGCUCGCCGCCGUGGCCAGCGGCCGUGUCUCUGUAGCUUCUGCUUUGCUCAGGUGCUGCCGUGAUCAUCAGCUGAGCGAGACGAUCCUGAAGCAAGACAAGCAAGGACACAACGCGCUGCACCACGCCAUACGCUGCGGGCACAGGGAGCUGGCACUGGAGCUGAUAGAAGCAGAGCCCGCCCUGUCGCAUGCUGUGAACCAGUACGGCGAGUCACCCAUGUUCAUCGCAGUGAUGCGAAACUGUGAGGACGUCGUCGACAAACUCUUGCAGAUUCCAGAUUCUGCUCAUGGGGGAGCCUACGGGUGCAAUGCUCUGCAUGCUGCAGUGAAAAACGGAAAUUCAGCCGUUGUUGAAAAGAUUGUGGAGGCACGUCCUGGGUUGGCCAGAGAAGAAGACAAGAGUGUUUGCACUCCAACGAUGCUGGCUGUACUUUGGGGCAAGAUUGACGUGGUAAGCGUAUUGUUGGAACACGAUCGGUCUUUAGGGUACCUCCUCUGCACAGCAGGUAACCCUCUUCUUGUCUGUGCUGCAUUUCGUGGCCAUGUUGGUGUUGCUCGGGAGCUUCUUAAACACUGUCCAGAUGCUCCCUACUGCAAACCGAAUGGCUGGACAUGUCUGCACGAAGCUGUAGUUCAACAGCAUCAGGACUUUUGUCCUGGACUCGCCGCAGCUUCACAAACUCAUUAA